CUCUCUGCUGGGAUACCCUCCCGGCGUCCACACGCAGCUGAGCCCAAGCCAGCCGGCUCAGGAGAAGGGGAGCGAGCCCUGGGCGUGCCAAGGAGGCUUGGAAGUCAAUCCGCCUGCAGCACCGGUGAGAAAAAGAAGGCGGCUUAUUCCAAAGAGCCCUUUCCCCCCCCCCGAAGAGUUGAACGAGAAGGUCGCCAGCUGUCGUUGCGGUGCGAGGGGUCCUGUUUUGUUUCCGCCGUUCCCAAACACACCCUGGGAGUUCCCAGACCUUUCUACACCGCCUGGGAGAAAGCCACAACUUGCAAGGAGAGGAAAUCUGAUGCCGGUGACUCAGAGGGAGGGACGGAGAGCAAAUAGACGACAGGAGGGAUUACUCGGAAGAAGCGCCACCGAAAGAUCCCAGCUCCAAGGAAGCAGGGGCAACCGAGCAGCCCUCCUUGGCUAGGAAAGGACAUUCCAGACCAGUGGAGACCCUCGUUCCGGUUGCAAAAGAACCGUGCCAAUUCACUGUCGUUGUCCCCACCCCGCCCCAUGUGCCUGCCAGCAGGGAAGAAGCACGAUGCCGUGAUGGGCUCAGCCACCGGAGCCUGGUUGCUCCCGCCCUGGAAGCAGGAUCCCGGGCAGCGCUGGGGGCGGAGGCUGCUUUCCCGGUGGGGCCACAGCCUGCCCCUGGUGGCCACCGUCGUGACGUGGCUGGCCACGGGCUCCACCAUGUCCGGCCUGAACAAGUGGAUCUUCGCCACCCACAAUUUCCGCUACCCGGUCUUGCUGUCCUCCUUACACAUGUUGACGGCGGUGGUGGUGGGGAGGCCUCUCGCCAGGCUCCGGGACAGAGGAGGAGGAGGAGGAGGAGGAGGCUCCGGCUACCCGUCCCUCCACCCCAAAACCCGGCUCCGGGUUUUCCUGCUGAGCCUGACUUUCUGCGCUAGCGUGGCUUUUGGGAACCUGGGGCUCAACCACGUCCAGCUGGACUUUGCCCAGAUGGUGUAUACCACGACCCCACUCUUCACCCUCACCCUCUCGGAGCUGCUCCUGCGGAAGCGCCAUCACCCCUUGCAGUACGCGGCCAUGGGCCCCAUUUGCUUGGGGGCCGCCCUGAGCUUCGUGGGCGAGGUGCACUUCGACCAAGCCGGAUGCUGCUUCCUCUUCGCCGCCACCUUCCUGCGAGGCCUGAAGUCCAUUCAGCAGAGUAUCCUUCUGCAGGAGGAGCAGCUGGAUUCCUUGAGGCUCCUGUGCUUGACUUCGCUGCCCAGCUUCUGCCUUCUCUUUGUAGCCGCGCUGGGCAUGGAGGUGGGCUCAGCCUGGGAGGGCCUAUUGACCUACGAGGCCAGCCUCUGGAACUGCGUGCUGCUCAGCUGCCUGGGCUCGGUCCUUUACAACCUGUCCAGCUUCUGCAUCCUCUCGCUGACCUCCGCCCUCACCAUCCACGUCCUGGGGAACUUCAACGUGGUGGGGAACCUGCUCCUCUCCCGCUGGCUGUUCGGAAGCCACCUGACUUGGCUGAGCUAUGUGGGCAUCGCCCUCACCCUGCUGGGCGUCCUCGUGUACCAUCACUCGGAGGGGAUCGCCGCUUGUUGGCGCUCGCUGGCGGGCCCGGCCAAAAAAGAGUAGGGGGGGUGGGGGUGGACUCAGAAUGGGCUGGAAGAAGCUACCGUUCUGACUGCGAGCUCAUCUUCUUUCUGCUGGCCUUGGGAAUCUCCUUGUAACUCCUAUUGUCGGUCAGCAUCGGCAAACAACAGCCUGCAUAUGGGAAAAUCCUAUUGCGGGCGGAGUAAACCACUGAAGGCUGAAUAUGCACAACAAAGCUGAGCUGUAGAUUAUGGUUUGGGAACGUCAAAAGCAGGGUUGCACCACAUCCUGUGAGUCCCCAACCAUUGGAUUGGCUUAGUUUAAGCCAUCUGAGUUUGGCUAAGUCCACCCAAAAAGCUUUGAGAAGGAAGCUUUAUUUUUUUCUCUCCAAACACAUCCCUGUGAUUCGAAUUAUUUUAUAAUUCUGGGCAAGAAUGACCACAAAGAGUUUUUAAGAAUACUUUUGCCUGCCCGGCGCAGGCGAGUUCUUUUAGAUUUGAGGCAAAUUCUUUUAGAUUUAGGUAUUUUUGUUUUUAAAUUAAGAUAUUCCCAAAUUUGUCUUCUAAAAUCUGAUCUAUGGGAAGGGAAGUUACUUUUCAUUCAUAAUUGUGUCUGUCAACCUUGGCCACUCGGCAUAAGAACCGUGGUGGCACAGUGGUUAGAGUGCAGUACUGCAGGCUACGUCUGCCUGCCUGCCGGCUGCCUGCAAUUUG